AUGUUUCUGACCUCAAAAAACAUGGUUUUCUUAAAUGCAAUGGAGGAUUUCUACGAAAUCACUUACUCAUCUACGCUUAAUCCACAUUCUGGUUGCAAAGGUCUAGUUGCUGCAAAAUCUUUCACUUUCUUGCGAAGAAACUAUGAUUGCGGUGACGUAUUGACUGUAGGACAAGUUGCAUCUUCCAAGUCCAACUCGAAAGAAAAUGUCAUCCUACCAAAGAUUGCAAGGCCCAGACCUGAUGUUCGCCAGAAGAAAGACCAAGCGCUGCGCACUAAUGCAUUGGGGGAUGUUAUUUUUGUUCCAUUCAUAUACGUUUUCAAACCAAGUAUACUUCGAAAUGAAUUGCCAGCUAGUAUCAUUUAUUUUCUAUUGGUUGGCCUUAUGCAUACUGCAAUCCUGUUCGCGUUAAUAGCCUUUCGUGCAUGCAAAUACUAUUUGAAACCUGCAGAGAGUUCCAGGUUCCACUUUGCCUCGCAGUUGGUGUUGUCUGUGUCUCCUGCUCUACAAGGGUUUGAACAGCCAUGCAAAAGUAAAGUAACUUUAGAGUUAAAGUUGAAAGUGUUUGCUACCUUGGCAAAAUAA